AAAAUUUACAAAUGGUGCAUUUCCAUUUUCCAUGGCUCAAGAUGUGUGUAGCAAAAUGGCUGAGGAUCCUUUCGUAUUAAAAGAAGACGGUUAUUUAAAUGCGGCGACAGAAAUUAAGAAAAUUGUGUACCACCCAUCACUAAACGUUAUUUUAAUAUGUAUUAACUCAGGAAUCGUACGCGUUUUGGACGUUAACUCGGGUGUUGUUCUACAAGCAAGUUACCUGUCAACUCAAGAUGGGUCCGAAGUAACAUGCCUUUAUAUUCCUGGACAAGAUCGUGUUUUGUUUUGCGAUGGAUACUCAAUCGGAGUUCGUUCAGAUUACAAUGGUGUUUUACUGUUGGACACGAUACUGCAGAAGACUAUCAAUAACACUAGCGAUAAUGUUAAAUUAGAAUUGUUAUUAUCGGAGGCCAUUAUAUUAAAACAGAGUUUAUCGACCAUUGGAGUUGUUGGUGUAGAUCAGAUUUUAAAUGAGCUGACGGAAAAAAUUUUGGACGCUCAAAAACAAUCGAAAAAAGGAAUUAAAGCGCAAAAAUGGAACACAGUAUGCUUAAAUCUGCCUUUUGAUACAUUAAAGACUACAGUUAACUGUACAGUAACCGAAUCCAUUGGCAAGAAACAACAUUCGCCGGAAUUAGGCGUAGCUUCGGCCGUCUACGAACGUCUAUCCGAACUGGUCGGCGAACAAGCAAAUGCAUCAGAUAGGCGUGCGAUGGCGAGCGAAGCGAAACGAAGGGAAACGUUUAAUCAAUGGCCACAUAUGGAUUACAAGUGGGCUCUGCCUGACCAAAUGGCACAAGCCGGAUUUUAUCACCUUCCGAACGCGGCGGGAGACGAUCGCGCGAUGUGCUUUACGUGUUCUCUGUGCUUGGUAUGCUGGGAGCGGACGGACGAACCUUGGAGCGAACACGAACGUCACUCUCCAACCUGCCCGUUCAUCAUGGGCGAAUAUACGCAAAACGUCCCGGUUUCUGUGACGUUCGCGACGAACCCUGCGAUCGACGCUACUUAUAGAGGAGUGGCGGUGCAAACAAUCGGAACCAGUUCAGUAUCACAUUUGAUUGCAACUGCUAACAAAGAGGGGCUCAUUUCAGUAUUUGAUGUCUCGGGAAAAUUGAAACGAACUCACUCCUUCUUUGUUACUCAGUUUGAUUCUCACAUAUUGGAUAAAUUAACGCAAGACUUUGGUGUUCCUGGUACCUGGAGUGAUAUCGAUGAAGUUAAGUGCCCUGCAGAGAAACAAAUCACCGCUCUCACAAUCGUUGGCGAAAAGUGUCAAACAAAAUCUAAUUCAACUGCAAAAAAUGGAAUUAGGCCGACAAUCAUCUGUGGACUGAGUGUAAGGUGCCAUUCCUCAUCGAAAAAUAUUCAUCAUAAAUCUUCUUUUGUGGAAACUCUCAAUGAUCAAAACAAAAGUGAUCAGUCGUCGAUAAACAUAAUGGAAAUCGAUGAAUUACCAGCUUCAUCUGAAAUGUGUUCAUUAUACCUUGUCGUAUACGACUUCCAAUACACCAAAGAACCCCAAGAAACUAAAAAAGAUUCCGUACUAAAAGGCGACGAAUUGUCGAAUAAACGCAAUGACAUAACCCCCUCCCAAGAUUACAAAGACUACAUAUCAAUUUCAAUGUUGGACGACACAGAUGGUAGUAUAAACGAUACAAAUAUGGACGUGGCGUCUAGUCAUUCGGACGACUGCAUGUUUUUCUCGGAUGUCGAAGUGAAAGCGUAUACCAUUUUGAAACAGCAAAUGUCCAUGUAUCAAAAUUUGAUACCGGGAGAGAGCGACGAAAUUUUUUUGCCACCGUCGAUUGCGCCUACUAAACAGCACUCUUUGCGACGGGUCGUAUUGCCAGACGUUACCGAAACGGAUGCGGCCCAGGCGACGUCUUUAAUUCUACCACCUGACUAUUCGUUUAUGAAUGGCCAGCUCAGCAGCAGCCCCGUAGAAACAGCAACAGUGAAUGAGAAAAGCAUCUCCGACCACAUAGCCGAAUUAAAAAAUAGUAAGGCGAACAAGAAACUCAAUUACUCUCGCGCCGAGCAGUGUAUAUCCUUACCGAAGCCGUAUAAAAAUCGUAGAGACUUAGAGGUAACGGAUAUUGUUCCGACGCCUGACGGCGGACACAUUUUAGUGGUAUUAGGUGGCAGUUUUCACUCACUGAAUAGUGUUCUUUUGAUGUACUCUUUAAAUUUUUCGCAUAAGAUGGUCAAAGUUAACGAGGAGCCUGUGUUGGUGCGCGAGCUGAACAGUUUCGAAAAACCUGUUGAAGUUUCGUUGCUGCCUGUUUUGGAACAUUUGAAUGAGUCGAUGGAAUUUAAACAUGAAAGUUGCGCGUGCGAGGGUAGUGCGGUCCUGGUGUGUGAAGAUGGAGCAGUGCGGAUUAUUGACCUGUCUACUCUAAAAACUGUUAGCGUUGCAAGAUUGGAAGGAACUAAGUUCAUUUCGGCGGUAUACUGUAACAGUUUAGAACGCUUAUGCGCAUCAACAAGCUCUGGUUCCCUACACUUCUAUGCCUUAAACGACGUGGAUAACGACUCGGUCGAAGAUCAGGAGGAUGAAGAUUUAUUUAGCGCUUCUAUGGAGCAACCUCCUAAAGUGCAACUGUCGGACAUAACCGAAGCCAAUGAGAAUCGUUAUUUCUACGAACCAGUACAAAGGAUCAACAUAUCCGACUUAAAACAUUUGCAAACUUUGUGCGAAUUUGAGCCUCUCAAAGUUGGCUAUUGCGCAGUCGUGCCUCCAUGCUGGAGCGAAAUGCAACAGGCGCAGAGGCAACGGAGACAUCCGUAUUUGCAAGUGAAUAGUGAGCAACAUACAAAAAUGUUUCGUUUGCAAACCGACACUACGACGUGGGACGAACACAUUUUUGAAUUGACUCUGCCCUCGCCCGCGUGUAUUGGUCACGUGGACGUACAUUUCUCCCUGCACACUUCUUCGGCAUCGCCGCACGUAGAAAUUACGCUUUUAAAGCAAAAUACUUACAGCAUAGGUCACAAGCGAGAUUUUAAAUUUUCCGUAGACGAUUCGGUUACUUGUGAUUCCUUGCAGUGGGUGGACAAUCCGGUAACGUCUCACGAAUAUUUGCAAUCGCAAAAUGUGGAUAUUCUAGCCGGGCCUGUGGAUAUAGUUUCGUGUCUCGAUUUAACCGAACAAUCAGGAUGUGUUACUCUAACUAGUCCAAAAUUAUUCAAGUCGCGCAUUCGAACUUUGUUGCUUCACAUAAAAUCUGUGUGUUCUAAAGAAAAUAGUAAAUCAAAACUACCGAAUUUGAAAUGUAAAAGAAGUGAAAGUCGAACUCCGGGUGUCACUUUGGACAAAUAUUCCCAGACGGGAACUCAUAAAACCGAAUUUUAUAUGGGCUGUGAUUGUUUACAUGAAGUUAGCAUAACUAUACAUAGCAUUAAGCAUACCGAUAUACCUCACGAACGAAACCAACGUGCGUCGAUGUUAGAAUCCAAUAUUUUUGUUCAGUCACUUUGUUUGACCGCCUCGCUACAGCCGAGUCUCGAACAACAGAACAUCACCUUAGAUAUUUUAAUAUGGGUAGCUGCUAUACGUCUCACUCGCAAUCGAAGUAAUAAUGGGCAAGCUCCUAAUCAGCAACUGGAAUUUUUGAAAAUCAUUGAAGCAAAUCUAACGGCUUUGCUUCGUUUUUGUUUGCUACUCGCAAAUAGAAGUAUGGCUCAUAAAUGCGUUAAACUUAUGAUUCUGUGCAGCAACGGCGCUAAGGAUAUUAGUGAGCAAAUAGGGAAACGUUUCGAUUUGUCAGUUCUGAACGUUCUCAUGAAUAUUUUGGAUUCCGUGGACCAAGUCAAUUCGGCAGCAAGUCUUCAGUGGCUCGUUAAUUUAUUAUUGAAGGUCAUGCAGCCGGAUCAAAUGGCCAACGUUGCUGCAAAGUGUAUAUCUCUCCUAGGAAAUGUCUCGCACGAAUUAAAUCGACGCACCAAUCCCUAUCACUUAUUAUUACGUAGUCGGUACGGUCUAUUCGGAACGCCACUGGAACCAGAGUUAUUCGAUAUCGAGCCGCCUCCCCCGAUAAAACCGUCAAGUAUUGCGGUUACUUAUGCAACCGUCGUCGCCGGUGAAAAUGUGACACAACCAUUUGAUUUUCACACCAAUUACGCCUUUAAUAAGGAAACUUUAGAUCCCAAAGAAGUAUUAUCGGUGACAAAAGGUGAUGGUAAAAUAAAAUUGAAGAACAUAGCACCCUCAAAGUUAGUGAGAGGACUGUUAGAAACGGAACCUUUGCACUUCACCUGCGCGUCAGCUAGUGAGGGUACGCGUAUAGAGCGCGCUGAUGUGAGUGGGUCAAGUUUUGUUAACAACCUAAUACCAAUAACGGUAUCAGUACCCCAAACUCAAACCACUGGUACUAAAAAAGUGGAGGGGGAGCAUCACUAUCCCGAUUUUACUGAAGUGUACCAGAAUCACGUGGGUAAAAGUGUUGGAAACGGACAAGGCAGUAGCAAUAACAGUUACACUUCGCUAAUGGACGGGGCGUAUCAAGUUAUUUUCCAAACAGAUAACGUCAAAACUGAGGAUUUUUCCAAAUUAAUUGCCGAUUCGUUGGAAAUAUCUGUCGAUUCUGAUAGUGGGAGUAUGCACUCGGAGCCGCAGAGCAAGUCGGCGUUUACCGCUGAUAAGAUUUUGUCACCGAAUCAGUCGUUACCAUGGCAACAGCUCCUGGUGGCUCCACCUCAACAGGUGAUCGUUGUGGAACGAAUGCAUUCAGGAGCUCGCCGUUUUGUCACUCUUGACUUUGGUCAGCCUGUGCUGCUUACGGAUGUUCUCAUACCUGCUUGCCACGAGUUGGUUUCCAUCAGUCUGGAUUUGUGGAUCAAAAGUGAGGAUGUGGAUGCGACUAGACUUGUCACGGCUUCAGAUAUUAGUACGAGAAAUUUGGUUUUUAACGAUCUACAACCUCCACCGCUGUGCCGUUAUCUAAAGAUUACUGCAGUUGGCAGGUACGGCAUGACGACGACCAGGUGCCGGAUACCUGUGGGCUACUUCUAUGGGCAUCUAAUUGUACUACCGGAAGAAGUAUCGUAUGACCAAAUGCAUUCUUCUGUGGCGAUUACCACUGAUUUAGAAAAUCAGUUGAAUGUUUUAUCUAUGUUGCUAGAAGAUGUUAAUUGUCGAUACAGUUUGGCCUGCUCGAAAUUAAAGGAGUUGCUGCAUCCGUUCUUAACGUCUAGCAUUACAAACGCGUCGCAUUUAUCGGCGUAUAUGAAUAUCAUGAAGGAAAGUGUGUCAAAUAUGACAACUUGCGAAAAUGCUAAAGUCUUCACCGCAUAUCAGGAAGCGAUAACGUAUCAGCGGCAGUUAAACACUGUGAGAAACGUUAUGCGUCGAAUUGAGUGUGGAUUAAAUACUUCUGAGGCGCCAAUCGACACCCUGUCUGAUGUCUGCGUGGACAAGCUACGAUGCAUCGUGGAAUCAUUGUUGGAUGCACUACUCUCCAUUGAUACCAUGUCUGUUAUUAACCUGGAAUCAUGCCACAAGCUGUUUCAAGGGCUUUGUGUGUCGCAAGGAUCGAGAAUUCAAUUUUUGACAGCAACUGUAUUAGUACGAUCUUGCGGCAAACAGCCAUAUUGGGGAACUUUUCUCGCAGAAACGCUCAGAGAGAUGUAUUCCUCUUCGUAUAAUUCAAAAUUUCCACAAGACCGCGUGUUUGUUUUGUUGGCGUUUUUGGGACGAAAAAGCUUAGAUCGUAGUUCAGUUCUCGACGCGACGUUAAAAGUGAUCGCUCAAGUCUUGCAGCCGUUGGCGCUCAAUCGACAGUCAUUACUUGCAGUCUCCAUUGAUUUGCCUCUACUAGGUUGGCUACUUUUGUUUCUAUCAUUACAACUCGACAUCAGUAAGGUGUCACUGCAGAAUGCCACACGCUGGGAUUGGGUCACGGGUGAAAUGGCCGGCAAAAGCAUCGAAAAUAUGGGUUCCUACAAAAAAAAGUUACAAAAGAGGGUCCUGUAUUAUAAACAGCAGGCGGAGAAUCUUGAUUGGACUCACAAAGUUGUGCAAACAUCUACUCAGGUACAGGCUCUGGCAUCACUUUCAACUCAAGCUGCGUCAUUAACUUCCAAAGUGGAAGCUACGCUUAAACAACAUCAGGAACAUUAUAAGAAAUCAAAAUCAUUCAAGUCUUACAAUAAGGAUUGCACGAAAAGUGUAGGAAUAAUAGAAUCGAAUGAUACUUCAAAACAAGGCAAACGGCGCCGAGAAACGAGCGAGUCUCUAAGUGGAAGACAAUCGUCAAUUGCCACUGUGCAGUCUCUAGACCCCAUCCACUGCUUAGCUGUUGCCAAAGGUUUGCUCGCUUUACUGCUGGCGAUGGACCAUUCAUGCAGUGCGGAUAUGUUUUUACUCUCCUGCAAGGUAAUUGGACGUUUAGUUUGCGUCGUGAAGUUACAAUUGGGCCAAUUAAUGAACGAGGAACAACUGCUGAGGCUAAUUCAUAUAUGCAUGGGAUCCGAGUUGCCUUGGGCUCCACACGCUUUGGCCUGCUUACUGCAGGACAUUGUUGAGGUCGGAAAGCCACCAAAUUCGGACGUUGAAAUGGAAACCGAUUCAUCACCUGCAUCCACAAGUUGGGGAACUAAGGACCUUCUUACAGACUUGGAAAUACUAUGCGAUUCUUUCGCCUUGGAAGACAAUGUCCUCUCGGAACCCGCCACAAAGCAAGGAAAAACAACAGGAAGUAAUAAUCCCAACAGUCAUUUACCAUCCGUAUUCGAGUCGGACGAUUCUGAGCUGGAAGAUUUUUUAGACGACAUUUUAGAACGAAAAUCACAUGCAAAAAAGUCAUCUCGAAAUUUCCAUCCCAACUUCGCAAGUUCGUCCGCAAUGGAUUCCAGACUAGAGAUGGGCGUGGAGGAAUUGGCCGAGAUCGCAUUAAGACGUUUGGUUACGGUGAAUUCGUAUAAUUUGAUGCAAAAUGUGAAUGCAACCCAAUCAUAUGUUGACAAUGAACAGGAACUUCUUCCGUGGCCAGCAAAUUUAGUGGCCCCUUGGAAUGUUGAUGCGCAAGUGGCCGUACCAAAUCGAACUAUGUUGGUGUCAUGCUUCAACUCACUUUUUAAAGAACUGCAGUUACAAUCGUCGAUUAACAUCGAACACAUUUUGCAAUUGUGGCUGACACUGAACUGCGUUCAUUGUGAUGAUAAGUUUGAUCCAUCUGCCUAUCCUUUCAUCGGGUUAGACCCUGACGUAGUCAGUUCUUUAAUUACGACAAUUGCUUGGAGUUCCGGUUUAUCGCUGAGGACUUGGUGUAGUGCCUUACAAACUCUUACCAUGGUUUGCAAUAUGCUUCAGCCUGGCAAUAACAGUUCAGCCAACACAUCUCAGUGGACGGAUUCUUUAGGUUUAUACGCGCCUACGUUAUGUAUAAUUAACCACCCAGAUUUUGCACAGUUGCUAUUACGACUUCUGUCUGGAACUGGACUGGUCUUCUCGGAGAAGGGAUUGGGUGGACCAUCACUAUGUAAAGCUCUACACGAUUUAUUGGUACGUUUACAAAUGAGAUGCGAUGUGGUCAGCCCUACCAGUAAACCGGGAAGUCAGUUGAAAAGUUUGCUGUUGAGAGUGGUUUAUCAGCUUGUUCAACCGACCGGUCCGCUUGCCGCCAAACAAGGGCCUCUAGAUGCGCAAUGCAAAUUACUACAAUGUAUGUCGUAUCUCGACUUCUGCAAUGCCGAUAUUAGCAUUGCCAUGAGUAUAUUCGAGUGUACAGGUGUACUUGUGCAUUCGUAUAUUUCGCAAGUGGACAGGAUAAAGUGUGUUAACAUUGGUGAAAGAUUACAUCCAACUUCGCACCUGUUUAGUGGAAUUUUUGCAUCUGUGUUGGGGUCAGAACCUCACAAGCAGGACAGACCAGUGUCGUGGGACGUUCUGUUAGUUUCUUUAUUGAAAUUAUUAGCAAAACUUGUACAAACACCUUUACCAAGUGUCAACGAACAAAGUGAAGCAAUGGACACAAAACCGUACAGAACAGCGCAAACCGAUGAAAGUAAAGCAGAACAAAUUCAACAGGAGCGAAACAUUCCUCCAGUACCCUGUCUGGCAGAUACGGUUCUGCAACACCAUCCGAGCAUUAUUCGACUUUGUCAGUCGCUUGCGGCUUGCAAGGCAUCGUCGCUUUCAAUGCUUGCGAAUAUUUCCCAACAGAGCACGUUUGCUGAUUUAGGCGAACCUGGAACCGUAGGCGACGCCGUAUUUCACACACUAGCGGCUUUGGCACGAAAAACAUCUAGAAAAGAACUGAUAAUGGAACCAUUGCUAAUGUUUCUAUCGCAAGCGCCCCAACUCAGCGAGCCACUGUUAUGGUUUAUUUUGCAAGUUUUAGAUACUGAGGAAGCGUUGAGCGGCUUCUUAAACGCAGGUGGAAUUGGAAUUUUGGGCCGUAGUCUGGUUCACAGCAGUAAUGCUCCUAACACUGUAUCACAUGCUGGGACAGUGUCGAUGGUAAUGCAACAUUUUGGAGGUUCAACUACGAGAUCCGACGCAAGUACCGCCAUUGCUUCGGCGUCAUCGACUAAAAAAAUGCAGCAAGCUAACCUUGAAAACAACAUGUCUUUGAUUAACUUCGCCCCAUUUGGAUCAAUAAAAUGCCAAUCCAGCAGCGCCCAAUCUGCUGAUGUUUUAAUUCAGGGUAGCGCAGCUGCGCAUAGAAGGGCGCGCACUGCUCAGUGGUCGUAUCAUUUCUAUCCUGAAGAAGUACAUACCGAGUUAAUUUUACAACUUCCUAGCGCAGUGUUGCUGAGAGAAGUGCACCUUCAACCUCACUUAGGCUCCUUAGCAACUUGUCCUUCCGCUGUCGCCCUCGAGGUAUCGUCUGAUGGACCUUCACGUUUAGUUCCCGCCUGCCCUCCCUUACCAACAAGCGGCAUGACAUUCAUUCGCUUACAUUUACCUGUACCGGAAGUAGUGAACUGUAUCCAACUUCGUCUUUACAAACCGCGAGACGCCAACAACAUCGGUCUAUCUCAAAUUCGCAUAUUGGGCACGUCAGCGUUCGGUGGCGCCAACAAGCAACAAGUUUUAGACUUAACCGAAGACGAAUUCCACUGCAAGUAUAGUCUGGGUUGGUUGAGAUUAUUACAUCAUUGCUUCACCUUACCUGUCGAUAUCGAGCUGAAAACUCAAAUCGUCGAAAACGCCACACGGGUGCCCGAUCUGUUGUUGGUCUGUUGCGGUUUGUUACUGGUUCCGACGCAUAUUCCCGGUUUAUAUUUGCCAAAUUUGGAGAAGGUAUUGUGCGAGCUUAGCUUACACAAUCGAGAGAACGGGUUGCAUGUUAUCGAAAUGCUGUUGGAAAGCCGACUGUGUGUUGGUGAACAGAUUGAUAAUGGUCUCGGUGCCGCGAAAAGUCCUUUAUUCUUACAUUCGGCCGGAGUGCAGUCAGCGUGCGAAUUGCUGUAUCAAAUAUGCGGUCAUCAGGAUUCAGACACUCUGCAUAGGAUAGUUAUGUUACUACAAUGGUUGAAAUCAAUCGCCCAUACUUCAAUACAGCUGCAAAAUACUGAUUUAUGCAAUCCGGCUUACGUAUCGUGCAUUGCAUCAAUUCUAUGGACAGCAAAUCAGUCGCGCGAUUCGUGCAAUCUUGGCUCUGUUAUAGAUCUCGAACUAUUUCACACAAUCUACGCAUUAAACACAGCAACAAAGAAUAACGUAGCACUUAAACACUCAUUGGAUUGCCUGCUAUGUUCGUUGUGCUACAUUAAAAUAGAACUCUUUUCUUCGUUGCUCCAAGUAAUGGGAGUAUUAGUACCAAAUGUAUUAACAGGGCACAAUGCGUCAAUUUCGGACGAUCUUAAGGAUUCUGAGAGUAUGACCGAUGACACUAAGCAAACUUUCGAAAACGAAUCCGAAUGGUAUGGACGUUUAGUGGUUGGUGAAAUUCACGAGUUGGAGUUGUCCAACGAGCAGUUAGAGACAAUCGCGCUAGUUAGUCGAUCGCCUAACGCUAUACAACAAUUGUUGGAUUCGGGUCUUCCUAAAAAACUAACUAAUGCAAUUUUAGAAUUUUGUAAUAAUAACAGUGAAACUAGUGUAUAUUCAAUUUCAAAGCUUGAAAAUGUGACGGCUGUACUUAAAUUCUUUUCGGAUAUAUCGGAUGAAAAAGUAAUGCGCGAUUGGUUGGGUUCCAAAGACGGUUCGUCAUUUUGGUUACCUCUACUCCAAUGGCUCUGUAAACGUCCUUGCACUAAGAGAUCAAAUUUAAAGUCCGAGGUGCACACACAGCUAGAGGAGAUCUGUGUGCGGUUUCUAACAAAAUGCUGCCUGUGUCAUUCAAACAAUCAAGCACUUCUCGCGAAAAUCUUAUGCGAAGUUAUAUCUCAACAACGAAACGGAAUCUCCGGUUUCAUGCGUCGACUCAUAUUACAACUUCUGCUCGAAAAUGAAAAGGUUCCCGUCAGCAUUAAUGCGGACGAAACGAUUUACAAGAACAGUGCCAUCUCUUAUUCGUAUUUGCCACUCCAUCCGGCAUUUAAACAGACCCACAAUCAGGCGCUUUUGUAUUUGGGCACGAACACUCUUUUAGCCGACAUCAUCGAGCAGCACAUCUCCUUUUCGACAACGGUGGAAAUCGACAACAGCGGCAGCGCUAAGAAGGAGGUUAACUUUAAGGUGGAGCCCAUGAAAGGGUGGUGGGGAAUAACUAUCGAUUCCGAUCUAAGUAUGGCCGCCGGUGUUACCGCAAAAGACAAACGUGCAAAGGACGCCAAGAAUCUUGCCGCUUCUACACCACAAUUGAAAAAGAAAAGGUACACCGCGACCGAAAACACUUCGUCGACUGAAAUCAUCGAGGGUAGGAUAAUAAAGUGUGCCGCCGUGUCGGAUCAACCCCUGCCCGUCGCUUUAAGUUUGGGACAAGUGUUGCGGUUAAUCGAAAGUAAGGGAAUGAAAACGGACUGGCCGUGCAUACAUCUGGUUAUUUCACAGCUCCGAGGACAAAAAUGCGAAAAGCGAAAUAAACCCGAUCAUCUAUCAGCGUUCGUUUAGUAGCGCCCUGCAGGUAUUUACCUCCGUGGGCGGUUUAGCGCUCUUGGCGCAACACUUACCAGCUGUUUAUCCGGAAACUGUCCGAACAUCACCUACCGAAAAAUCGUCGUCGGAGCAAUCCGAAUCUGAUUGGGUUAAAGUGGAAGCCGCUAGCGAUGACAUUUAUGAAGAUGCGGAGGAAACGUCCGGAUCAACUACCCCAUCAAAAACUGCUGGACUGAUUCCAAAUGUUCCAACGCACUCGCUUACCGCAUUUGGAUUGUUUUUGCGGCUACCGGGUUAUGCAGAGAUGUUGCUUAAAGAUAUGAAAAAGGCGUCUUGUUUAUUGCGCUUAGUUUUGGGAGUGACUGACGAUGGAGAAGGAGGUGAUAUCUUUCAAUCAACGUUAGCAGAUUCCUUGCCUACUUUACCAUUCGAAGUUCUUCGCCAGUUGUACGAUUCGACACCUCUUAGCACAGAUGAUGGCCGGUUAUUGAGAAGAAUUAGUAUUAAUACGGGUGUUGUGCAUCUUAUACUGGCAUGCCUAGGGAUUUUCACCCAUCAAACACAAACGGGAAACGAUAAAGACUUAUCCAAAGAUAAAGAUGCCACAUUAAAGGAUGAGCGCACACAACUGUAUUGGGCAAAAGGUACUGGUUUUGGAACUGGAUCAACGCAACAAAGCUGGAAUGUGGAACAGGCCCUGUUGAAGCAACGUAGCGAAGAAGAGCAUGUCACAGUGUUAUUACAAGUACUUGCAAGCUAUAUCAAUCCAAAGGGAGAAGCGGGUGAUGAGCUUGCUGAUAGCGUUCUCCCCACCAUUUUUUAUCAUUUACUUUCAAAUAGCGCACUACUUCCUGCCCUUAGUUCAUACCUCCGCAACGAUUCAGUUUUAGACAUGGCGCGCCAUAUACCAUUAUACAGGGCAGCACUUCAAUUGCUUAGAGCACUCGCACUAAGUUCCCAGUUAGUGUCACUCCUUCUCCCUCAAAAAGUGCAUAACAGCGGGCCAUCUGUCGGCUCAUUGUUAAAAAAUAUGAAAACCUGUGUGGAUACUUACGCUUCAAAAUUAAGAUUCGGUAAUAAGCCGGCAAAAACUGUAAUUAAACCAAAGUUAGGGGAACAAUUAGAAGAACUAGAGCGAGACGAGGGUCUAGCUCAACUAAUGCCAGAUAUUCAAUCAACGGCCAAUUUAGUUAAAGAGGUUACUGACAGGUUAGAAGACACCGAGCAGGAUAUGUUGCGGGAAACUAACAUGGAUUAUCCAUUAUCUUCAUCGGUUGAACAAAGAUACCUGUCCUUCAUGAAACAUUUGCAGUUUGAUACCUUUGAAAUGAUUCAAGAAUUGCCGGAAGGAGGAGGAUACAAAUUCGUAAUAUCGCAUCAUUUUGAAAAUAACGCAAGGUCAGCCGGUGAUCAAUCGCAUCCGGCGCGAGUCAAACGUUUGGCUCAGGAGGCGGUCACUUUGGCGACAAGUUUACCAUUAAGUUACAGUAGUUCAGUAUUUGUACGUUGUGAUACUGAUAGGUUAGAUAUAAUGAAAGUCCUUAUUACGGGUCCAGCCGACACUCCUUACGCUAACGGAUGUUUCGAGUUAGACGUUUAUUUCCCCCCAGAGUACCCACUAUCCCCUAUGCACAUAAAUUUAGAAACGACAGGGCACCGCACCGUUAGAUUUAAUCCAAAUUUGUAUAAUGACGGGAAAGUGUGUCUUUCAGUAUUAAAUACGUGGCACGGAAGGCCGGAGGAGAAAUGGAAUACCCAAACCUCUAGUUUUUUACAAGUGUUAGUUUCGAUACAAAGUUUAAUUCUAGUUCCAGAACCAUAUUUUAACGAACCGGGUUAUGAGAGAUCGCGAGGCACGGCAGCGGGCACCCAGAGCUCUAGAGAAUAUAAUCAAAAUAUCUGGCAAGCUACCGUCAGAUGGGCCAUGUUAGAACAGAUCAUCAAUCCUUGUCCGUGCUUUAAAGACGUGAUUCACGCACACUUCUAUUUGAAACGCCACGAAAUUAUUUCUCAAAUUGAAGAAUGGAUCAAAGAUAUUGAGAAUCAUUUUGCUGAGAAACGAUUGGCUCUAAAUAAUAGCAAAAGAUCGACGUUUACAAAUUUGGAAAGUUUCAAAAAAGUCUUUGAUCAAUUGAGAGAUAAGCUGAUGCAACUGAAAUCUCCCGAAGGCCUGGACAGUGAGGGCGCUAUGGCCAGUUCAGAUGCAGUUGAGAAUGGUGCCCACGUCGAUACUAAUGCUUCAGUGACCAGUGAGCAGCAAGAUAUUGAUGCUGAUGUAGAUAUGGAGAAAAUGGUAGAUGACAUGUGCGAGUGAUAUAGUAGAGUAUAUUUUCUAUUGCAUUUAUAGUGUUGAAAAUAUAUUCCAUUUAUUUGUAUCAUAUUAUUAACUUUAUUUUAUAUGUACAAACUUUCGUUUAUUUAAUUUGUGAUUCUUCAGUUAAGCCAAAAUUGAAUAAAUAUAAACCGCAGUUGUUUGCUCUUAUUUAAUAAUGUUACAAAUGAGAUUUUAUAAAAUUGCAUCGCUGUUUGUUAAAAUCGCCAAAUUAUUUUGUCAAUAAGAUAAUAUCUUGCACUUAUAAAAUGCUGAAAGUGGAUUAUAUUUUUCCUUUUUUGGAGCUGUAGCAAAAAAUGUAAAUUGUUUUAGAAUAAAAAUGGAAAAUAUAUUCCGUGGAAUGUUAACACUCGUUAUAUUUACAUAAAGACUGUUCUACAGUAGCCUUAAAAUAAACUAAGGUCGACAAACAGCUAAACCUUUAGUUACCACUUGGACAAUUGUCUCAGUAGGAAGUACUUUUAUAAUGUGGUUCUGUAUAUAUUAUACAUAAUUCUUUGUUUUAAGAAUGUUUCUGUUGAGUUUCGGUGACGAUCACAUGUGAUUUUGAAAAUAAAAGUGAAAUAAAUAUGUUGAAACACA